AUGGCUCUCUCGUUCAAGAAACUCUUCAACGGCUUCCGUGGUAACCGUCAAGAUCGUACCCACGAGAGCACGCCUUCAACCAUCACCCCUAUCACAACUGCCGAGCCCAUCAUCUUUCCUCCCAUCGUGGAAAACAUUCGCCCCGACUCAGCUCGUCACACGCUUGCCGUGUCGCUGAAGAAGCUGGCCAAGCGCUUCCGAGCCAUCACCCGGCGUGGCCGAUCGGCCACCAACAUUGUGCCCUUGGCUCCGAGCAAGAGCCGGCCUGCUCCCCUCCGUGGGAUUCUCAAGAAUCCCACCAUCGCCAAUGAGGGCAAUGUCCGCUCUGUCUCAUCCCCCGCCGAGCUUUAA